UUCGCGAACGCGCACGUCUUUCACCGCUAGGACUGGACGGGGCGGGGCGGGGUUUCAACAAGCAUUGGCUGCUCACGCUGUUGUUGCCAGGCAGACAGGAUUUCCAAUAUGGCAGCGCCAACUAACGCAGAACAAACGCAGUUGCAAGAUAUGGAGGAGGACGAAGCAAGGAUGGAAGAGAAGGAGAUGGAGUCAGACGAGGAGGAGGAAGAAGAAGAAGAAGAAGAGGGCAUGCGUGUCGAAAACUCUGACGACGAGGAGGACGAUUCCUCGGAAGACGAAAAAGAAAAUGAAGCCGAAAUCCAGCGAUUGGAAGAACAGCUGUCUAUCAACGCCUUCGACUACAACUGUCAUGUGGAUCUUAUCAAACUGCUCAAACAAGAGGGAGAACUUUUACGUCUACGAAAGGCAAGACAGAAGAUGAGCGAACUGUUCCCUCUGACUGAAGAAAUCUGGCUGGACUGGCUCAAAGAUGAGAUUCGUCUGACAGAAGAAGAGUCAAACAGAGAGAAAGUCUACGAGUUGUUUGAAAGAGCUGUCAAAGACUACAUCUGUCCAGAAAUUUGGCUCGAGUACGCCCAAUACUCAAUUGGAGGUAUGGGCUCGCCAGGUGGGAUAGACAAGGUGAGAUCCAUCUUUGAGAGAGCAGUGACAGCUGUGGGGCUUCACAUGACAAAAGGACAGUCGGUGUGGGAGGCAUACAGGGAGUUUGAGAACGCCAUUCUUUCCACACUGCAGCCUCCUCCUGGCAGAAUUCCCAGGAACGAAGAACAGGAGCUGAUAAAAACCCAGCUUGAUAGAAUUCACACACUGUUUCGCCGUCAGUUGGCCAUCCCCUUAAUGGACAUGGAAGCUACGUAUGCAGAGUAUGAGGAGUGGUCUGAGCAUGGAGUUCCUGAGGCCGUCGUGCAUCAGUACAAAAAAGCUCUGCAGCAGAUGGAGAAGUGCAAACCCUUUGAAGAGGCUCUGCUGGUGGCAGAACCGCCUAAACUGGCUGAAUAUCAGGCAUACAUCGACUUUGAAUUAAAGGAGGGGGACCCAGCACGGAUCCAGAUUACCUUUGAGAGAGCUCUGGCAGAGAACUGCUUGGUUCCAGACAUGUGGUCUAAAUGUACCAAGUAUCUUGAUCGUCAGCUGAAGAUUAAAGACCUGGUUCUGUCCACACAUGAGCGUGCUGUCAGGAACUGCCCCUGGACCAUGAGUCUGUGGAAGAGCUACCUGCUGGCUUUAGAGAGGCAUGGAGCUGACCAUCGCACUGUGUCAGAUGUUUUUGAGAAAGCGCUGAAUGCAGGCUUCAUUCAAGCAACAGACUAUGUGGAAAUCUGGCAAGUGUAUCUGGACUACCUGAGGAGACGCGUGGAUUUCAGUAAAGAAUCAAGCAAAGAGUUGGAGGAGUUACGAGAGGCCUUCUCUCGAUGUCUAGACUACAUGAAACAAGAUGUGGAAGAAAGAUUUGGGGAAAGUGGAGACCCUUCCUGUGUCGUCAUGCAGAUUUGGGCAAGGAUAGAGGCCCUUCACUGCAAGAACAUGCAGAAAGCCAGAGAGCUGUGGGAUAACAUCAUGACCAAGGGAAACUCCAAAUAUGCCAACAUGUGGUUAGAGUACUACAACCUUGAAAGGUCUUAUGGGGAUUCUGUCCACUGCCGGAAAGCUCUCCACAGAGCAGUUCAGUGCACCAGCGACUAUCCAGAACAUGUCUGUGAAGUCCUGCUCACCUUUGAAAGGGUAGAAGGUUCAUUAGAGGACUGGGACACAGCGGUGCAGAAAACGGAGUCCAGGAUGAACCGCAUCAAUGAGCAACGGGCCAAGGCUGCUGUGAAAGAAGCCAACCUGGCUCGCCAAGAGGAGGAAAGAGUGGAGCAGCGUCGGAAGGUCAAAGCAGAAAAGAAGGUUCAGAAAAAGGAUCAAAAGGGAACACAAGCUGGUGAGAAGAGAAAAGCAGAUCAAGAGGAUCAGGAUGAAUGGAACAAAGACUUGGCUCCUAAAAGGCGUAAAGGGAAUGUGGAAAACACUACGGACGAGUACAUGGAGACGGAGACCGGACUCUUUGGGAAGAACGCCAGACCUAAACCUUCAGCCGGCCUGAAGAAAGCCCCGCCGGGACACAGCGACGCUGCAGAGAAGCAGAAUGAAGACAAACCCGAGCUCCGAGACGACUGCUGCAGCGUGUUCAUCAGCAACCUGGCCUUCACGCUGCAGGAGCCAGAGGCAAAGCUCAAAGCGCUGUUUGAGAGCUGCGGUUCCAUCACGCAGGUUCGCCCCAUCUUCGGCAACAGAGGAGUCUUCAAAGGAUACUGCUAUGUACAGUUUGAAUCUCUGGCAUCCGUUACUGAAGCUCUGAAGCUGGACAGACGAGAGGUGGAGGGGAGGCCGAUGUUUGUUUCACCGUGUGUAGAUAAACACAAAAAUCCAGACUUUAAGGUCUUCAAAUACAACACAUCAUUGGAGAAACACAAAAUCUUCAUCUCUGGGCUGCCAUUCUCGUGCACAAAAGAGCAGCUGGAGGAAAUCUGCAAACAACACGGCACCGUCAAGGAGGUCCGUCUUGUUACGUACCGUUCAGGAAAACCUAAGGGACUGGCGUAUGUCGAGUUUGCAGAUGAAACGCAGGCGUCUCAGGCUGUGCUGAAGAUGGACGGCGUGGAAGUUGAAGGGAAUAAAAUCUCUGUUGCCAUUAGCAACCCUCCUCGUAGAAACCCGAAUGAGAAGCCUGGUUCCAGCAGGCCCGCCACAGACAUGAUGCCUCGCCAAAAUUACGGGUCGAGAGGAAAAGGUCGCACCCAGCUCUCCUUACUCCCUCGUUCUUUGCACCGUCAAACGGCAGGCGUGGCGAAAGUGGAGAACGGCACGGCGGCUGAGAAGAUAGAGGGGACAGUGAACACGACCGGAGAGCCCAGAACUUUGUCCAACUCAGACUUUGCUAAGAUGCUUCUCAAUAAGUAAGAAGUGGAAGAGAAGGAGCCCACGGGCUGAAAGCCAUCUCGUGACCUUACAAAGUCAGUCUGAUUUCUUUGUGUUCUGUUAUCUGAUAGUCCCUUUAAGCCCCGCCUCCUUCUCAUCAUCCGUUCUGCAAGAUUGCCUUAACUGCUUUCCUUCCUCACAAACCCAGAAACGGUGUUUUUUUCCAGUGUGAUGGGUUUUUUUGUCGGGCAUAUUUGAAGGCUAGUUUUAUAUAAAGUUGUAAAUUUGUGUGUAAAUAUCCACAGUUGUAACCUUUUUUUGUUUCAAUUUCUCUGCUUUUUGUUGUGUACUGUUAAAGCGAUCUAACAGGCAUUUAUGGAAAAGUAUAUAUUUUUAAAAUUCAGUAGGCAAAAAUUGUGAAUGUUGUUUUUUGAAAGUAUAUGCAAAAAUGUAAGAUGUUGUGUAAUACGGUUUGUGUGUACAUAAUGUGGAUGUGCUGCAGAAAUGAAAACAUUUUCUCAAAGUUU